AUGGCCGACAUCAGACGCCGAAUUCGGCGUAUUCGUAACCGCAUCGCUGGUUUGCCGAUUCCGCGAGUUUUCCAGGACCGAACCAACCCGCUGGAAGUGAUGUCAGAAUUAGAGGUAUUCAACCGGUACAGAUUCCGGCCACACUCUAUCAUACAGCUUGUUGACAGGGCGUACCAAUCAAUGGUCCGGCCGACGAGUCGGUCAAAUCCACUUCCGCCACUUCUAAGUGUGCUUGUUACACUGCAGUUUUUGGCCACCGGCACCCACUAUAUAGUAGUGGGUGCUGUCCAUGGGAUUUCACCUUCUUCAGUAUGCCGGGCGGUGAAAGGUGUCAUUAAGGUGUUCGCCGAGAUCGGUAGCAGGACCAUAGGAUUUAGAUCGGAUGUGGCAGCAUGCAAAGCAGAAUUUUAUCGAAUAGCAGGCAUGUAUUCAUUUGAAAUCUAUAUUUUUAUACUUGUCAAUUAUCUAGGUAGUAUGUCACCUUAG